UCUUACCACCAUCCACUGCAAUAACGCUCGGUCGAAUUUUUGCCAUUACAUGGUAUUUCACUGUCUACAUUACUAAAUGCCCUCCAUAGAAAUAUAUCCUUGCCCUACUUUGCCAGAGUCUCAGCAGCACGAGCUCGUCGCGCGCCCGGCAAGUCCAACAUCUGCCCUAUCUGGGACUGUAUCCUUUCCCGAUUGUCGUGACUUCGAGAUAUUUCUUGACAAUUAUGCGAACGCCCUUUCUGCGGAUGCCAGGCCUGGAAUUCAGCUGAUGCAGGACAAAUCAUACGACGCUUUGGUCACACGACUUCGCAACAACGCUCGAGGAAAUUUCUACUCUCGAGCAUCUCUCGCAGACAAAUUCUUCUCGCUAACGGCAGAAAAUCCUCCCCGUCUAAUCUACAAGGAUCAAAUCGUUAUUAGGCGAAGCCAAAUCUUCUCCGUUUUGCAGGAACAUCAUUGCCCAAACUCGUCUCGUCGGAUGUAUGCAUCUCUGCGGAAAACUUACUGCUUUAUUCCUCGACAAGUCGUCAACGAAUACGUCAGAUAUUGUUCUUUGGAAGGCACUAAGACUUUUAGACGUAGAUCUCUGCGUUCUUCCUCGUUCCUGUGCGACAAUGAUAUCGCAUCACUAUCUACCUGUCCGCAUCCUUCUCUUCCAUCUCAAUCUAUUGCACUAGUUCCAACCGCUGCGCAGUCUGAAGUCGAAUAUCGUUCUACAGCACCUACUCCCUCUCCCGCUCGCCUAUCACAAGGUUUUAAUCUGCCGACGCCUGGUAUCACCCUGCCUUCACCAUCUGUUGCCUUUUCCUCUAUUGUGCGCUCCAGGCGACGGUAUUUGACGCCUAGCCCUCGCCGUCAAGACAAAGUUUCUUCUAUCACGGAGCCACAAAAUUCAUGCUCUCGGGGCGCCUAUUCGUAUGGCAUCGUACGAGGAACAGAACUUUUCAUACACGAGACUCUCUCGGAUUGUGAAGCCAAGGAUGAUGCCCUGCCUAUAUUCCCACCAACUGUGUCUUGCAACACUACGUCUACUUCUUCCUCUCUCUCACCGGCACCCAAGACGCCGCAACCCGAGUUAUUUUCGGACGAUAUCCCUUCUCCGGCAUUCUCCGAUCUAUCGUUCAUAUUUGCAUCGCCGAGGUCCCCGCUGGCAUCCAAAACUCUCCCUGUGCCAUAUUCCAACGAGCAUGAUCGUGAUGAUUCCGACAGUGACCUAGAAUUGGGGGCACCACUCGAUGUGUAUGGCGUUUGAGACGCUUCUUCUAUUUCACCGCAGGCUUGGUAGAGUGGUAGGUUGUACAUCCUAGUUUAUAUGCCGAUGUUCUUGUUCUAUCAGUGUCUUUGGAUUUGUAUCUGUCUCAUCUCGAACAUGUACGAUGUUUUUGUCCGG